CCUCUCCCCAUUUCCCCGUUCCAGUGAUAAAGUUGUGCGCCUGGACGCCUCAAAGGUUCUGGAGGCGAGCGGCCAUGUUGGAGGAAACGUCUCCAUCCACUGUUUCAGUAGCUGGUCUCCAAUCAACGUUUCUGAGCUCCACAGCGUACAUUUCUGCAAAGGCGUCUGCUCCGGCGAACACACCGUCAUUCAGAUGGAGAUGACGAGCUCUGCCGUGACACGGGACGGGAGAUACAGCAUGGAGUCUAAUGGAGGAGACGGCGGGGUCUUUACUGUCACAAUAAACCGGUUGAGGAAAGCCGAUGCUGGGAGCUACCUCUGUGGAAUGACGAGAACCUUUAACGUCACGUACCAGGAAGUUAGACUAAAAGUUGUAGAUGCUAUCACUGUUCCAGCUGGAUCCUCUAUGACUCAGAGUACCGUCCUGCAGACGGGACUACUCUCUCCCAGAGGCGGCUUUCCGUCAAGCAGCGGAGCAUCCGACGUACCAAUCACACUGCCACCUUCAGAGAGGAAGAGAAGACAGAAAGACGCAAACAACUUCACAGACAUGAUGGUUGUUAUAAUUGUCUCCGGUAGCCUGGCUUUUCUGGUUUGUGCCAUUAUUCCUCUGAUAUUCUACAGACACUGGCGGAAUAUGGGCGGUGAGAACAGAUUGUCAGUGAACAAAAACGAGGAGGACUGCUGCCAGGGAAACAUAGAAACUGCCUCCACUCAGGUCGCGGUGGGGGUUCAGACUUCAGGAGAAGACGACCUUCCAGAAUCUGGCGCAGACGACAGCCUCCGGUAUGCGGCGGCGUACAAGGGGCUGGAUCCCAGAAGCCUCGAAUGAGCAGGAAUUAUUCUGUUGCUGUGCAGCUUUUUAUUGUAAAAAUUGCUCGCUGUAUUUUCAGCAAAAAUAAUAAACAUCUCUUUGAAUAUUUAUGUGUUCCAUAUAAUGUCUUAGACUUUGGAAAGUGACAACUGAGGCAAACAAAAUAUUGAGACCUAGACAAAGAGGCAUGUUAUUCAGUAUUGACAUGGCAGCACGCAAUUAAAAGUUGACAAAAAGACCAGCAGAGGGUGCCACAUAAGUGUUAAAUAACUUAACAUGUCUGCUUUAGAAUAGUAUUUUAUAAAUGUAGUUCAGCGAUUCUUUCACUUUCAUAAGGUUUGUGAAGCUUAGAGCUAACGAAUAAAAUUAGCUAUUUGGCUAUAAUGCAGUUGCUAAUUGUACCUGUUGAACAUUCUGUUUUCUGAAUGAAUCACUUCGUGAGGAAGAAAGAAAAUCAACCUCAAAACUACAAAAUUGAUCCCGUUUGUAUUGAAACUUUUACACUAAAUCUAUAAAACUACUAAUAGAAAACACUUCUUUAAAAUCCUCCACAUCUGUCAUCGGCUUUUAAUAUUACACCAGAAAUUUGCUUUAUUCUUAAAAUAUGAUUGUUCUUUUCUAAAAUAAAAACUGUCUAGAGCAGUUUUGGUCUCAAAACCAGCUCACCAGCUUUCUAUGAAUGGUACACUAGUCGAACCCUACUUUUGAGAAUCCAUCACUACAUAAACACAUACUGAACAACAUUCUGAAAAAUGCUGCAAUUAAAAAAAUAUAUGUAUAUUUAACAUCUCAAACAUUGAUGACUAAAAUCCCCCCCCAAAAAAACCUUAGAAUAUUAGCUUUGUCCAUUGCUGGUAUUUUAUCUUGCAUGUUCAUCUAAUUUAGGCCUGAUGCAAAAAAUAAACUUAGAAUGCUUUUUAUGGGAGUUUGUUGUGUUUUAACAUAUAUCGAGGUUUUAUGAAUCUUAAAUAUUUAUUCAACCCAGUUUAGGUAUUUAAGAUUCAGAUUUAAACUUGUGAACUAGACCUGUUCAUUUUCUUAGUGUUUACAUAUUUUAAAACACUGGGGGGCGCUACUUCCCGUUGACUGAACAACCAAAUAAGAAGCAGAAGACUUCACUGGAGGAAACCAUUAGAAAAGUUUCAUAUUUAAGUGUAAUGCAACAACCAUCCUCUUUUCUACCCACGUAUUUCCUGUCUAAGGUCAAAUGUGUGGUUUAGGUCUUUCUCCAACAUCCAGAUGACUAAAUGUUGUUACACUUAUACUAACAGGUGCAUUGAUUUUAUUAAUGUAUUUUAGCCAUAUUAUCAAUUCAGUAUGCUUAGUGGACACUCACCCCUGUUUAAUAACAGGUUUUUGCAAURUGAAAUAAUGAGGGUCAUAAAUAAUUUUUGAACUUUUUCAACACAAAACAUUUAUCUUGAUUAAUCCAACUGAUAAACAAUAGAAACAUGAAAUUUAAAAAACUGUGAGUAUAUAUAUAUAUAUAUGUGUGUGUGUGGCUAAAUAUUAGAUUGAACCGUUUUUCGAUUUGUUUUCAGCUCUCGGUUUUUAAUUGCCAGAAACAGGAAGCAUCAAACAUGUUGACGCUGAUAUUUAUGACUACCUUGUAAAAGUUCACGAGCCUCUGCCAUGAUUCACAUCAGCCUACGCAUGGUAGGUGAUCAGCAUUGUUCUUGCACGUAGUUUUUGACAUCGUUUCCACGUCUGGAUGUUUUCACGUGACCCUAUUGUUAGCUUAGACUUUUGAAGAAAACAGGAGGAUGUAAUUUUGGAGAAAUGUUUAGUUUUAAUCUUGUCAUAUUUAUGUUUUCUCAUUUUCUGACAAUUGUUUUCACUGAUACAAUGUGUAUAUAAAAUCCUAUGGAAUUUUUUUGUACUCUUCUCCUGACUGAUACCACUGUACAAAGUCAUUCUAAAGCUUCUGUAAACUAAAAGAUGUAAAUGAGCGAAUGUCGGUACUAAAACAUCGGAA